AUGUUGGACAUCCUGUACGCCGAGAAGCUUUGCGUACAUGAUUGGCCCACCGGUGUUCCCCCGCCUGGCCCCGAUUUUGAUCUCAAGGCUCUAUCUGCAAGUCAACUACGUGCGUUGGUUGCUCCAUAUCUCAGGAUUCAUCUCGGAGCCAUGUACGAGGCCGAGUUAGGCCUUGACAACGACGACGAUGACAGCAAGGCAGAGGCAGUGAAGGCGAAGAAGCGCAAAGGCAAGUCCAAGAAGUCAGGCGACAAGGGAAGGAAGAAGGGGCCGAUUGCAAAGGAGCCAAGUGUAGUAUUGCAUAUCAGCAGAUGGCCUGAAAGUGAUAUUCUUGCUCUUGAGAUGCAGGCCUCAAACGUGUGUCUCAUCCCGCUCGUCAUCGACACUGAUGGCAGGGUCGUUCACACCCUCCAAGACUCGGAGAAGUUCAUCAAGGACCUUCCACACUUCCACAAGACGACACUCCUAGACACCGCACCAACGAGGUAA